GGCGUUGGUGAAGCGGCAAGAUUGUUCGGCGAUAAUGAUAAUAAUAAUGUUGGUGAAGUAAGUACUCUGGUGAAAUCCAGUGGAAGACUGAUCGGCGGUCACAGUUCUCUGAUGCAAAUUGCGACUUCUACUUCAUCUUCACAAACAAAGGAGAAUGACAAAGGGGAGGGUCAUCAUCCAUCGACAACCCCAAUAUAUCAAUAUCCCAUAUUUCAAAAUGCUUUAGACAUCUUUCAAGACAGUCAUUUGAGAUCACAGAAUCAGCUUUCUUCAACCAAUUUACCGGAAAAAUUGUCGAUGGAGAAUGCGUGGCAGAACGUAUCUCAAAAUUAUUAUCAUGCUCCCGCCGCUGAAAUUAAGACACAAACCGGACGUCCAUUACCACAGCAACAUAGUGGACAAAAUCAAAUACCAUCAUUACAACAACAGAGGCAAUCAAAUACUGGAUUCUCGUUUGCUUCUCCAAUCGAUCAAAGACCAAACAACGCCUUUCUUACCGAUAUUGGCCAAGAUUUCUACUUGUAUCAAUCAGAAUUGAAUGCACCCCCAACGCCAAUAUCAAUCUCCAGUAGUCCUUCAGCUGGCCCGCUCAUGCCUGUAUUCAAUUCAUUUGACCCCAAUGAUGAGGAUAUGGUGGAUUCAAGCUCCCAUUUUUUCCCACCUUUGACUUCAAUUCAACGAAGACCAAUAACUUCAUCCUCGCGUGACGCUUCACGUGUUUCUACCGAUGAUGCCAUAUUGGAAGAAGAAUUUG